AUGGACCAAGCCUCCGGUGUGGCGUCUGCGGCCACUACAUCUCAACAACCCCCUCCGGCCACUGCUCAGCAAGACGACGACGGUAGGGACGAUCCCAAUCGCAAGAGAGCCAAUGUUAGAAAGCGGACAAAGACGGGAUGUUUGACUUGUCGCAGGAGACGCAUCAAAUGCGAUGAGGGCAGGCCGAUCUGCAACAAUUGCAUCAAAUCCAAGCGGCAAUGCGAGGGUUACAGUCAGCGCGUCAUCUUCAAGGAUCCAAUGGGUGCUAUUCAGGGCGGUCCGUUCGGCCCAGCCUUGUACCCUUCAGGAUCCGCACAUCUCGGCCAGAUGCAGGGCAAAAAUCCAUCCCAAGGGCCCUUGCCCGUUAUUGCUCCCAAGCCCCCUUCAUUAAGUUAUCAAGGCCACGAGAAUACGACCUACGGACACUAUACUCAUACGCAGCACGGUCAACCAGUGUAUGAACUCAACUCGGGCCAACCAGUUCAACUUCCGUAUACACAAGCCAACACUUCGGUAUCGCCGCAGACCACAGCCGGAUACGUUAAAAUCGAGCAUGAUCCUCGCUCCCACCACUUUGGACCCCCUCCUAAUGGACAGGUUGGCAAUAGCUAUUCAACUUCCAGACCGCCGACGACGACCGAUGGGCCAGAUGAAGCUCAAGAGGAGUACAUUGAUGCUCAGUUUUUGGACGACGACUCGCUAGAUGAAGAUGCCGAGAUGGGCGAAUCAGACGAUGAGUCCCGGGAUCCCCAAGAGAUCCUAGGCCCAAUGGUGAAGCAGUUCAAUGGGUCAUGGGAUGUGGACGGCACUCAAGUCCGAGCCUUUUCCUCAUUUGCGAAGUGCAACGUCCUUUCAGAAUACACGGCUUCUGCCCAGACGUCAGAACUCAAGGAUGCUAGGAUAUUGGCCAUAUUCAUGCAUUUUAUCCAAGUCACAGGCCCGAGCAUGUCACUAUAUGAACGCCAUCCAUUCGAUCACGGAUGCGAUGAUGCCUAUGAUACCACUCCCAGAGGAUCCAACAACCUCUGGAGCUACACCUUCCCAAUCAUAGCCUUCAACCACCCUGCGCUGCUUCACGCCAUUUUGGCCCUGGCAAGUUUGCAGAUCGCCAAACUACAGAAGAUCCCGGCCACUGCAGCCAUGAAGCACUACCACCUGGCAAUUCGCAGAAUAGCCAAGAACGUCAACAAACCGCUAAGGCGGACGCAACCUCCAACCCUUGCAGCGACCCUUUUACUGGCAUACUUCGAGGUCUGGUCGUCGGACCACAACAAAUGGUGUAACCAUCUCUUUGGCGCCAGGAUUUUGCUUCGCGAGAUGCCCCUGAAACGUAUGUCCAGAAGAUGCUUGCCGAUCAAACGCCUUGCCCAGAGAAGGAAGGAUGCCGAGGACCAGAACCAGAUGAAUUCUUUCUUCCCUGGCUACAACGUGAACCCACUGAGCAAACUACUUGAUCUUGACUAUGAGCUGCUGCAAAAGUUGUCAGGCUUGAAUGUCAUUGCCGAGGACUAUUGCUUGGGUGAAGACCAACCUCUUGACCCGGGGAGCCACCUCACUUCGGAAAAAGAUAUCGAGCAGUACGAGAAUUUACGGGACUUGUACUGGUGGUAUUGUAAGAUGGAUGUAUAUCAGAGUAUGCUGGGCGGUACGAAGCUGUUUAUGGAAUACGAACACUGGGCUCAAUGCCCGCCUCGAGGCCCCAUUUCUAGGUUGGAUGCUAUAUAUGGAACAUACGAUCAUCUCAUGCUCCUGCUAGGACGGGUGACAGAUUUCUCUUCCAAAGACGUAGCUCGAAAGCGAAGAGCAAGCCAAAAUAGGGCCCCUCCUCCGGGGGCACCAUCCCCCCCGGCGUUUGUUGGCAUCAUGCCCACAACUGGAAAAUUCAAAGUUCCAAUGGGGUUUUCGCCCCCGCGAGAGUCCUCCCCACAGAGUGAAUCCAGCGAUGACCAAGAUCCCGAUAUCAGUUUCCAUAUCGCAGUUCAGCAGUGGGAGUCUAUCAAGGAAGGAUUUGAAGCCUUUGAGAAAAGCCUGGGGCCCGAGUUCCAGCCUCUCCGGCCAGAGUAUUCAGAUAGAAGGGAUUCGCCUUUUGGGAUGACGUUACAGUAUCGGACCUUCUCGGUUGCCGGAAUCUGGAUGAACUUUUACAUGGGCAUGAUUCACUUGUACCGUACCCAUCCCUCAAUGGCCCCAGCAGCCAUGCAGGCGGCCGGGAUGGCGGCACAUCAGACGGGAGCGUACUCGAACAAGCUUGGACGGAUAGCCGCGGGCUUGUCGGACGAUUGCUCUCAGGUGACGGAGAUCAGCACUCUCGUCAGCGCGGCUUUUAUCGAGAGCUGUUUCUGCCUGUUUGUGGCAGCCAUCGAGUACCGAGAAGAUGCCCAACGUCAGUGGGUCGUACGCCGUUUGCGUGACAUCUCCCGUCUCACGGGCUGGCAGUCUGCGAGACAGAUCGCUGACGGCUGCGAGUCGGGCUGGGUCAAGGCCGCCGAAAUCGGUCGUGGCCCGCCGUAUGUCCGCGUGAAGGAAGUUGGUGUGCCGAUAUCUGUCUGGAAUGACACCCGGCGCAUCGCCCGCAAGAUCCGAGAGCUCGACCAAGGAGACGGCGAGGAGCGACGCCUGGUGCUGGCCAAGUCCGAGCGCGCCUCGUAUGCACUCGGACUGCUCGGGGUGGAACACGACCUUCAAUUCCUGGAGCUCAAAGAUGAGAUGGUGGUAGUGCCACAGGAAGGGGAGCGGUCCAUUGGGAUCGAUAACGUGAUAUGA